UUUGUCUCUGUUUAUACUUAAUUAUUAUGCGUCCACUACUCUCCUGAAAGAUCUGGACGUUCAUUUUAUAUUUGUAUUGUAAAUAGUGUUGGAAUUGAUAUAGAUGUCAAACAAGGAUUUGAUUGAAUUACUACAUAAACAAAAGGCCUUACUUUAUGAAGAUAAGAAGAAAUUAGGACUGGAGUUAAUUGACAUGAAGGAAAAAUAUGAUCAUGCUGAAGAUGAUGAGGUCGAGGGGCCAGUUCCAGGGAUCGAAAUCAUCUCAAACGAUAAAUAUUUGAAUGAUUCCAGCGGAACAGAUCAAGUAGAAGGACGGGGCAAGGAAAAUUACGAUAGUGAAAACUUUCAGGAGGAAAAUCAUCGGCAGAUUGAGGAAAAGGAGAAAAAAUCGGACCCCUAUCCAGUGGAAAAACUUAAUCUGAGUCAUUUCAGUGACAAUAAUGAAAAAAAGAAGAGAGAUUUCGCAGAUCAAGUAGCCAGUCUGGAGAGUCCAUUGAUGAGUAGAUCGGAUGACAAACACAUCGCAAUGCUCCGGUACGGAGAGUACAGCCCCAACAAUUUGAGAGUGCAGUCCCAGCCAUUUCUUGGUAUUGGAGAGUAUGAGCAACAGCAGAAAUUGCUCAGGGAAAGACGGAAAAGUGAUUACCUAAACGAUACAUCAUCAAAAUUUAAAUCGAAGCAGAAAGGCGAGCUUCUCAAAGAUAUUCACAGGAAUAUCUUGCCCGAAAAAUUCAGCCCGAAAUACUCAAAGAGUGUACAGACAGAUAUACAGAACAUUCAAUGCCCCCUAAUUCAGUACGAUCGUCAAAAUCGGAAUGAGGCGCAAAAAGAACUAAGUCCACAAAGGGUUGUAAACGAGAAUUGCUCGCCCAAUAAUCGAGAAUUAACGUCUUACAGAAGAACGGUGGAUCAGGACCUGACGACUGACCCUGGUAAUGGAUCUCUGAAUCCAGUUAUGGACAAACCCAAGGGGAUCUUGACCAACCGGAAAACUGGGAGCCCGAGAGAUCGCUAUAUGAGCAAUUUGAAACACACAUACACGCCUAGUUUCAUGGAUGGAUUCAGUUAUACCGAUCGAACAGAGGAUUUGGAAAGGGAAAGGAAGAAACGAGAAACCUACAAUCAUGAGCUGAGGUUACAAAUUGAGGAAAAACGAAGGUUGCAAGCAAUGAAAGAUGAACAGGAACGAAGAGAACAAGAAUUGGAGAACAGAAGGUUAGAACAGCAGUUACUAAGAAUGCAAGAAGAAGCUUUGAAUGAUGAUCAUAGGUCCAGAGACGAACCGGUGAGAAGGCACAGCGACGAUUACGCUCGAAGAAGAAUGGACCUCGGAAUGCGUUCCGGUUUCCGAAAGCACACUGAUUCCGAAAGCAGUGUCCUUGGAACACGGAACGCUCUGUCGCACUAUUCACCCCCCGUUUCACGACGCACCCCCUUUUCCCUAAACGUGCCCCAGAGCUCCAGCUAUUCGGAUCCUCUCUCCACCAGGUACAGUCCCCAUUCCCCGCGUUACGAAUUCGAUUCGCGCUACCGUCGAGACACCCUAAAUCGGAUGGACUCGCUGAACGUCUAUAAUAGUUUAUACGAUAGUUACGACACCGCUAGACAUAAGAAAAACGCUUUCGCUCGUUUCGACUCGUUAAGUAGGAUAGAUUCGUUAGGCUCGCGCGGCGAUCCCUUGAACAAGUUCGAAUCGCUAAAUUUGCAGGACGACCUCGGACGCACGCAACGACGGCACAGCGCCACCCAACAGGACCUUAGCCUUAUGAGGACGAGUCCAAAGCUGCAGAGACGGAGCAAUUCGAGCAGGUUCGACGAUCAGCUGCCUAUACCCGUGUUGAAAGCGCACUCGCCAGUCGCGAGGGAACUGAAAAAUUCCAUCCCGUUCAAUUCGGGGAGGAAUUCUUCAGAGGCAUGUCGGAAACUAGAGGAUAAAUGGCAGAUCCCCGCAGUACAAAAAAAUAUAGUUAAUCAUAGUGGUUCCGUACGCGAUGGCCACAACCGAAGUAUUUUAACCCAGCUAGGUGCCAUAAGGAUGCAGUUGCAACAGGAACAGUUGAGGAUGGACGAAUCCUUACGAAAACGCGGCAUUACACAAUCAAAGGCUGUUGAUUUUAAUUAAGAAGUCACAUUUUACAUCGAGUUAAAUAAUAGUUAUUUUAUAUAUUGUUAGAGUUCAUCUUUAUAUUUAUAUAUAUUUAACUAUUGAGAAUAGAUAGAAAUGUUGACUAUGAA